AAACGCUAUACUUUGUAAAGGUCGGACUACGUGCAGUGAUGACCGUAAUCAUCUUAAGGCAUACAUCGAUUGAAACAAGAAUGUAAAAUGGCUGGAAAUCAAGAUGAAGAUGUCGGUAAAUCGACAAAAGAGGAAGAAAGCAAGGAACCACGUUCGUUAAAUAAUGACAUUGUUACUUAUGUCCGCUUUAAAAAUCGCUGUGACAGAAUCGCCACGUUGUUCUGGUUUAAUUUUAAAGGAAACUUGGUAAGGUAUUCCAUUUUGAAGAAAGGAGAGUUUAUCGAUAUGAACACAUACGUAACACACCCAUGGUGUGCAAGGGAAACUGUGACAAAUGAUCGACUUGUUAUCGACAAACAACGUGUGUUUUAUCCUGCAGAAGGAGAAGAUUUAACGUACAAACUUGUGUACAUCGACAUUCCAGUUUAUUCUUUGAGAGAGCGAUGUAAACAGAUUAUAUGGAAAGCAUAUCCUGACACUGACCCAAAGACACUGGAUAUACCAAGAGUGCUCACCAAAGAACUGGACACAAAGAAAUCUGUAUCAUACACUGACUACGAAGGCUUUCACCAAACAUGAUUUUGUUACGUAACUGAAAAAAUUGGGUAAAAUGUGAUAUAUAUUCCUUGAAUGUUAAGGCUACUGUAACAUCAAGGCCACAUGUCACAUUUUAUUUUUAAAGGAA